AAGGCCACUUCCUGGGUCAGGGAGGCUGUGGCUGGUCUGUGGGCUGCAAAACCAAGAAGGACGCUUGGAACAGCUGGCAGGCGGACAUGAUCCCACGGCUCCUGUCCCUCCUCUGCUUCAGAUGGAACCCAGGGCCUCACACAUGCCAGGAUUGUGUGUUGGCCAAAGAGACCCCCCAGGAGAUGGCUCCCUUCCCAAGCCCACCCUCAGCGCCUGGCCCAGCUCCGUGGUCCCCGCCAAGAGCAACGUGACUCUGCGGUGCUCCAGCCCCGUCCCGGGGAUCCGAUUCAUUCUCAGAAAGGGACCUGAUAUUUUGGAUUCCAGGCUGCCACUGGAUCCCACUAAGACAACGGCCGAGUUUCUUCUCACUGAGCUAGGACCCCGGAGUGCUGGGCCACACACCUGCGAAUGCUUCUGGAGAGGGUUCUCUGGUGUGACCUCUCAGCUCAGCAAUGUCCUUCUGCUCUUGGUCACAGGGUAUUUGCCUAAACCUUCCCUCCAGGCCCAUCAUGUGGGCCAGGUGACCGCAGGGGGAGAGGUGACCCUGCAGUGCCAGAUACCCAGCACCAUCGUGCGGCCUUUGGAGUCUGCCCUACUGAAGGCCGGGACCCCGUCGCCCGUGCAGCUGCACAGACCAGUGGGGUCGGAGUCAGACUUCUCCCUUCAGGGCGUGACAGUCAAUGACACGGGGACCUACAGCUGCAUCUACUACCAGGCAAGGGCUCCCUUCUGGGCCUCGGACCCCAGCCCUGCCCUGGACAUCCUGGUGACAGUUCCCCCGAGGGCCUCGUCCGAGGGUUACACCAAGGGCAACCUGGUGCGGCUGGGAGUGGCGGCCGGCGUCCUGCUGAUGGGGGUGGUCCUCGUGCUGGAAGCCUGGCAUGCUAGCGGGGUGCCACACGCUCGGCCAGAUGAUUGCCACCAAGCAGCUGUUCGUAAAGAUCCACUGUUCCAGCAAAGUUCAGCGACCUGGUGCUGCGCCACUGACUGCAGCCACCCGGUGCUCCACCCGCCCGGGUUCUCUGAGCACCAAACUUACCCGGGGCCCUCUCUGGUUCCUCCACACGGGUACAGAUGGCAGAUUAGGCUCCCCCCAGAUCCCCAGUGCACCCGUAAAUCCUGGACAAGUUGGGUCAGCUGGUCUGAGACAGUGUCCUGUGCCACCGGGUCUCCCAGCUCCUUGAAUAAUGGCUCCCUCUUCCUGACUCCUUACCUGGGACAGGGACAGGCUUGGCACCCUCACCAAUAAAGCAUUUUUAUGAUUAUCAUAAUAAAACGUAGGAGCUCUUUUCUCUACUGACA